AUGGACUUUACAGGUAAUACUUCCGCUCUCCAGACUGGAACCCAGACCGGCGCUACCUUGCAUGGAAUUGAUACUUGCCUCCUGGACCCUACCGAUGGUAUCACGAACCAGAUGUACUGGCCCGGUUAUUCCCUUGACGGUGGACUGAACGGUGAUGCCACCUUUUCUCUUCCCGAUGCCAACCCUCUGCAUGUUGUCCCUUCUCAUAUGCAGCUCGGCCCUGAUGUUUCCCUGGUCGAGAACUCUCCUCCCAGCCCUUGGGAUUGCUUUUCUAGCUCUAUCUCUCGAUCAUCUUCUCCCAACACUAUUGAGGAUUUGUGGUUUCCUAACCAGAGCCCAAACUCAUCCCCUGAGAUUCAGUGCCAGUCACCAAGCCUGGACCGGAACAUUCCCUUGAUCUCUGAAGAUGCCAAUGGAAAAGCCAUGCCCACAUUCGAUGAGCUUCCUGCUGCUACCUCUGCCUUCACUGGUCCACGACGACAGAACAGCGAUGGUGAGUCCGCUCGGGACCAUGACCUAUACAAGAAGGCCGCUCCAUACGAGGAUGGACUUUACCACUGCCCAUGGGAAGGACAACCAAGCUGCAACCACCGACCCGAGAAGCUCAAGUGCAACUAUGACAAAUUCGUGGACUCUCACUUGAAGCCCUACCGCUGCAAGGCUGAGUCGUGCGAGGGCGCCCGCUUCUCGUCGACUGCUUGCCUCCUCCGCCAUGAACGUGAGGCCCACGGACUCCACGGUCAUGGCGACAAGCCUUUCCUUUGUGUUUAUGAGGGCUGUGAGCGUGCCGUUCCUGGAAAUGGAUUCCCUCGCCAGUGGAACUUGCGUGACCACAUGAAACGUGUUCACAACGAUCACGGAAGCUCCAGCGGCUCACCUACAACUGGAUCUGCUCAGCCUGCUAAGGGACGUAAACGCAAGACUGAGACUGCCGAGGCUCAGACUUCCCACAGCCGCAAGGCGACUGUCAAGUCAAUACCUCCUCCCCCGGAGCCCAAGGAGGACAUGACCCAGCCCCUCAUUGACCAGUGGAUGGAGCACCGCAAGGCUGUGGAGAGCCUCAUGCGAAACCUCGUCAAGCCUGAGGACACCCAGAACCUCCAGCACAUCGGAACUCUCCAGAACCGCCUGAGCUCCAUGAUGAAGCUCACCAACGACCUCAAUGCCAUCAACAACCCAGGAAACACCCUGGUUGGCACUGGCUGA